AUGCAAAUCAAACUUUGCCAAUCACUGACAAUACAGAGUACCUCAGUUAUUGUAUGUAUGUAUAAUAGUAUUAAUAAUAAUAAUAAUAAUAAUAAUAAUAAUAAUAAUAAUAAAGAUAAUAGUAAUAAUAAUAUACCUGCUAAUAUCGAAUUUAGCAGGCAGCUGAGCGAAUCGGAUUCUAACGAUUCCACUGUUUUUCCAACAUCGUAUUAUCAUCCUUCUUCCGAGUCUGCUGCUAUUCAUAAUGUAAAUGAUUCUAAUCAAUGA